ACGCAACUUUGGUGUGGCUGUCCUCUCCGCAACGCUCCUCUGCUCGUUUCCACGCCAUACCGCAACACACAAUGAAUUCGCGAAGAAGGCUGGCUAAAUAAGAACCAGACCAACUCGAGGAUCUGGAACUAAAUCGCGCCCCUUCGGCAUUUCAACAUGUCUGAGAAGCUACUACAUCACGCCCUCCUACGGCCCGCCAUUAUUCAGAUCCUUCGUGCACAAGGCUUCUCUGGCGCAAAACCGUCAGUUGUCGACACCCUCACUGACAUUGCUGCAAAAUACUUGGUCCUCCUUGCCACAAGGGCGCUGAUGCACGCACAUACGAGCCACAUCGACGCAGAGCCUGACAUCACCGACGUGCGCAUGGCCAUGGUCGACUGCGGCAUUCUUCAACCGACCACGACUUCGACAGAAGAGGUGUGGACGGAGUUACUACGAAGACCUAUCAAAGAUAUACCAGACCGGAAUGACCUGAAGCGGCGGGAGGUUGCAAAGAGAAACGAUGACGACACCGAGGACGUUGCUGCAUUUGCAAAGUGGUUCCGCAGCAAGGGGUAUAGAGAUAUUGCGAGGGUUGCCGGCCUUCUCCCUGACGAGCAGCAAGAUGUAGGAGAGGCUCAAAAGAAGCCAGAGGACUACCUUACGCUAUUGAAGAAGAAACACAGCAAGACCGGCGAGGCGUCACGGUUUGCUGGCACCGUUCUAGGCAAGGAGGGAGAUUCGCGGACAAUCAAAAUUGACGGAGCCAUAGGCAUGCCAGAAUCAAUCGAACAAUGGCAAGAACGGGUUCGGCAGCGGUCGAGGAAGCUGGCUGCGGCCCGACAGCGUAAUGAAGAAGUGGUGCGAUCUGUUGAGAUGGAAGACGUGGGCUGAAAAGGAAAUCCCUAUUGCAUUUCGGCGACAAUAAUGAACACGUCAUGUAUUCGCUUCCCCAUUCACUCGACCAUCUCACCCAGGGGCACGCGGUCAGGAUCAGAUCCAUCCAGCAUGAGCGCAUCUCGCGACAGGGACGCAUGCAGCAGCGACCUGCCACAUGAUUUUGGUAUGGUAUCAAAAGUGUCAUAUCCAAGAAAAUUUGAACCAAGAGAUGAAGACCAGAAAUAUGAAAACUAUUGAUUAGGAGUAAUUGCCCAGAAGCUGCGCAUCUGGUUGUAUAUAGUCCUUGGACUUGACCCAAGAAAGGUCGCAUUUAGCGAGACCUGACAAGAGUUUCCAGUAAUUUAGUCAAGAUUUUGAA